GCAUGGGACCCGCUGUGCUGGAGAAGUGGCAGCUGCUGCAAACAACUCUCACUGCACAGUCGGAAUUGCUUUCAACGCCAGGAUCGGAGGAGUGCGAAUGUUGGAUGGAGAUGUCACGGACAUGGUGGAAGCGAAGUCGGUCAGCUUCAAUCCCCAGCAUGUGCACAUUUACAGCGCCAGCUGGGGCCCAGAUGAUGACGGCAAGACUGUGGAUGGACCAGCCCCCCUCACCCGGCAAGCCUUUGAAAAUGGUGUUAGAAUGGGGCGGAGAGGCCUCGGCUCUGUGUUUGUCUGGGCAUCGGGAAACGGCGGAAGGAGCAAAGACCACUGCUCCUGUGAUGGCUACACCAACAGCAUCUACACCAUCUCCAUCAGCAGCACAGCAGAAAGUGGAAAGAAGCCCUGGUACCUGGAGGAGUGUUCGUCCACGCUGGCCACAACCUACAGCAGCGGCGAAUCCUACGAUAAAAAAAUACUCAUGGUCAAUGUCCACUGGAACUGA